GCAUAUCAAAUGAUAUCAGAUGAGUGAUUCGCCCAAAUAGUAAAUUUGUCCCACCGAAAUCGGAAAACUUUAGUUAAAUUUUCAUCUAUUUGAAAGGACCUAUUUGAAUAACAGUCAAGAUUUCAAAUGGCGGAAAGGAAAUACGACUUGGCGCUUGUAAAGACUCUCAGUGAUAAAAAGAUUCAAAAUCAAGAAUGGUUCAAAGAAAGGUUACGCACAAGAUUUCUCAAAAGUAGAAAGCCAGAUGAUCUCUCAAAAACAUUGCAGAGUGGUCAAUGGACUUUCGUUCAAGAUGGUCUUGACGACUUCAGAGAUGGGCUUCCACCUCGAGUUGAUGGUCAGUCAGUUUACAAGGGUACAAAAACACUGGAACCAAACAUUCAUGGAGAUUCAGAUCGAAAAUUUGCAGAAAGGAGAGCUGUCAACAAGGGGCGAUUCACCAAAGAGGAGCUUGCUUUCUCCACCGUCACACCGCUCCAGCAACAGCGAAGAGAUCAUAUUGAUGAGAUGGAAUAUGGGCUCCUUCAACAUCCUCUAGCUCUUUAUCCUCAUCUUGAAGAGAGUAUGCCCCCAGAUGUUUUUGAGGAUGUUGUAGAUAUUCUUGAUCCAGAGAUGAACCUUGGCAGUGAUAUUGACGAAGAAGAUGAAUACAGAGAGGACAUGACAGACUCAUUUGGUGUAGCGCAGAAGGUUGAUGAUGAUAGAUCAUCUAUUAAGUCAUCAGCUGGGUCAUCACAAGGCCAGAAGGUCAGGAACCCCUACAGAUGGUUGCCUCGCAAAGAAGAACAGCAGAAGGAGGAUCGUAGGGCCAAGCAGAAGCGACAGGACUCACCGUCCCAAGAUGAACACAUCAAAGCAAUCACCAAAGAGUUCUGCGACUGGGUGUCAGGGUUGGGCGGGGACAGCAAUAAUGUGGAAGAGUCAACGAUUCACAGUCUCUUUGCUAGUGGUUACGAGACAAAGCCCGCCCUCUCUGUGCCAAUCCAUGUCGUUGAGCUGACAAACGUUCCUGCAGAGCUGAGGAUGUCGGCAACAGUUUCGCAAGAAGAGACCCCUUCACAGACUCUAGAACAGGUGGAGAAGAAACAGAAAGAAUUGUAUGGUUCAGGGAAUUACACUCCUAGCUGGGUCAAGAUGAAAUACGGUGCAUGGUACCUCAAACCAAAGACUUGGGAAAGGAGACCGGCAACGGCGCCCUUGGAAGAUCCCCAAUCCCUGAAGGAUAAGGAGAUGUCCGAUUCCAAGAAGAAGAGCCUUGCCAUGGAUGAGCAGCUAGCACCUCUCCACGGUUCACAUUCCUUCAAAGAAUUCAUCGAGAAAAAGGGAACCAGGAAACCAGAGUUCCUGGAGAGGGUAGCUGAAUUCCAGGCACAGGCCGAGGCAGAGGCGGCGGCAGCCAAGCAGCAAGAAAGGGGUACCAAAGUCCUAAGUGCGAGCAGUGGGAGUGUUAGAACCAGUCUAGCCGCCAAGUGACCCCUUUAUCGCCUUCCAAGACUCUUACUCGAAUUCAAGAAACAUUCCCAUGCAACUCAUUCUGCACAAAUGUUGUUCCAGUUGAACCAAAGAUUAUAUGGUGUACCUUGAAGCCUUGACAUCAUUCCUUUCUCCUCAUUAUGGAAACCUUGAGAAAUAUUUGAUUGGGUUCCAUUUUCAAGAUAAAAGAUAGAUGUACACCGUUAUGUUUGACAAAUUUCUAUUUAAUGGUGGCUAGAGGAAGAACAUUGAUUUGCAGGGUUUUUUUGUGUACAUUCAUUCAUGGAAAAGUAAUAUUUCAUCAUGCAAAAAUAGUAAUGAUUACUUUCAAAACUUGUGAUUUUGUUUGAAGGUAGAGCGGCAUUGUGAUUCAGACAAGACGUGCAUGUUUCCUGGGGGCCGUUUCAUAAAGCUGUUCGUAACUUAAGACUGGUAAUCCUUUCUUGUGGUAAAUGAUAUUCACCUUUAAAUGUACAUGGGUGAUUAUUUAGUGCAUAAGAAAGGUUCACCGGUCAUUCUUAAAGUCGCUCUCACGAACAGCUUUACGAAACACCCACGAGGCUUGUUUUUACCAUCAUAGCUGUAAUGCUUUACCUUGACCCUGUAUCAUAAAGCUUAGCAAUUGAUCGUAGAGCUGAAUUCUUUGAUUGAUUGAUUGCAUUGAUUAGUGUGUAUAUAAUCAAUCAUAAAAAUAAGCCCCAUGAUUGAUCGCUAAGUGUCCUGUUACAGGGUCCUGAUUGAUUAUUUGUUCUGGGCUCUAAGCUUAGCUUAGCUGAGCCCUUGAUCAGUCAACCUGGUGGGUGUUUCAUACAGCUGAUCUCAAGUUAAGAGUGACUUUAAGAACGACUGGUAAUCCUUUCUAGUGGUAAAUGUUAUAUUCGGUUGCGAUGGUUUAGCGCGUAAGAAAGGUUCAUCAGUCGUUCUUAAAGUCGCCCUUAACUUACAAACAGCUUUAUGAAACGGCCCCCAGGUCUGAAAUCCAGUUUAGUUCCCAAGUACGGGGGUGGCCGGACCCGCCUCACACUCACAGCGAUCACCCUCACCCCCUUGCUCUAUUUUACUCUAUUCGGUGCUUGGCUCCUACCCACCCUCGUACUCUCCUCCACCACUUCUAUGUUUUCCGGUUAUCUAAUCCGUCCAUCCGUUUUUUUUUUUUACACGAUAACCAAACAACCGUUGGACGGAUUAACUUCAGGAUUGGUCCAAGAAUGCAAAUAACUGUAGGUGUGGCGAUGUUUUUUUUUAUCAUACUAUGGUUAGGGUACCAAAGUUGAAUGUUGCAGAGGUUAUCGCAUGAUACACUGUGUUCUUGUGAUAACUGAGGAAGUCUAUGGUGGAUCAACUUCAAAUUUGGUUCAAUUUACCGUCUUGCAGGGACAACGAUUGUUGUUGCUGUUGUUUUAGCAAUAACUAAAUAAUCAUUUACAGUAAGAGACCGAUCUUAAUCUUGGCUCAUACAUGCGUAUAGGAGCAAGGAUAAUCUGAUUAUGUUUGAAUGUCACAAGGCCAUUACAGAAGUUUCUUGUAGUUGUGUAUUUAUGUGGUCUAGUAAUGGCAAAGGCAUGAAUUUUGAGUACAUGUAUCUGUUACAUGGCCAAAGACAUCUCUAAAUCUCACUACACAACAUCCUCAAUCUCUCCAAAUCCAACGUCACCCCCAAACCAUCACAAUAGACGACACAUAAUUUCGGAGACGGGGAUGCCUUGCUUGUGUUUCAGAUCUCUAGCCGCAAACUCCUUUUAAUGCUAGUCUCCAUCAAGACUGGGGUGCGUCACAGUAUCCCAGAAUGCAUCUAGUUUGACCCUGUUAGCUGAUUUUAUGGAUUUAAAACCAUGGUGCUUUUGAAAUAUUACCACCUCAGCUAUCACAUGUUUUGGGUAGUUUUUACCAUGGUAUAGGAUAUAAAAUUAUUGGUUAUUUUAUCUUGACAGAAGUGGAUACUUUACAAUAAUAAUUAUAACGGCAUAUUUACCCAGGGUAGCCACUUCAGCUCCGAAAACUGUUCUCCCAGCGGGCCCUGCUACUAUAAUUUACCCCGGCUUUAGCACGGCUCCCUUGAUGGGGCGCUCGAGCAUUCGAGGGAUUUCUUCCUACCGGGUACCCAUUCACUUCACCUGGGUCGAGUGCAGCACAAUGGGGAUAAAUUUCUUGCCGAAGGAAAUUACGCCAUGGCUGGGAUUCGAACCUACGACCCUCUGUUUCAAAGUCAGAAGACUAAUCCACUGGGCCACAACGCUCCACUCCACAAUCAGAAAUGCAUUUAGCCAUUGAAAAAUAAUGCUUUGCCUGACUAGUCUUAUUUACCUUUGCUUCAAGUAAAUAUUUCACUGCUGUUCCAUCAAUACCUGUGGGUAUUUUCAAGAAUGUUUUCAUAACGUGAAAUUGUGGAACGCUAAAAUAUGAACCCAGAGUUUUCUGUGAGGUCCCCAAAGUUUUUUUUAAUAUAAAUUGUCCAGAAACUAACGUGACUUGCCAAGUUCCAUUUUUGGGUUAGAUCAUUCAUGCCUUUCCCAACAAUUUUAAUCAACCAGGCCCUAGUGUUUAAAAGCAGUAAAACAUUUGAGAGAGUGUGGGAAAAUAUGGCUGCCAUUAUGCUCUAUGCAGUAUUGUUUCCUGUAAUGCUACACAACAGCUUCAUUUUUGUCAAGCGAAAGUGAAGGGAUUAUCAGAGGAUUUCACUUGACAGAUUAUCCACCCAUUAAAACAAAAGUAAAUUUCAGAUACAAUUUCUUGUCACCCUCGUAAGGAUUUUCCUGUAAUCUUAUAGGUAUUCAGUUGUAAGUUCCAUUUUGAUUUUAUGGAAAUUUGUUUCUUACUGUUGCCAUGAAGCUUAGGAUUACCGCUAAUGGGAACAGCAAGGACUCUAUUAAAGCUUGAUGUGUUUGAAUCAUUCAUAUAAUCAUCACAGCUUCCGUAGUGGGUACCAUCCACCAUGCUUGGGAAGCAUGCAUUUAAAAUAAAUGAACACCUACAUGAAUCCAGUGAUUACAUGUAAUACCUGAUUGACAAUCUAAAGAAUUUGAUAUUGAACAGAUGCGGAAAGCACUCAAAGAUUUAUUCCCCACUUGAAAAUUGUAAAGAUUUUAAUACUUUAAAAGAAUCUUUCACAACAUUAAUUUCUGGAUAUUAUCUCUUGUAAAACUCAUGCAUUAUUAUUAUUAUUUUUGGGGUUACAUCUGAUGAUAGUAUCCUGAAUUUUACACACUGCUCCUAUUUCUUGCAUAUGUACAUUGACUUUAUGAAAGGUGUUGUAAAUAAUCUUUAAGUGCAAUAUUUUAUUUAAUACAGAUUUCAAUGAUUGAGAAGCAUCAGUGUAUGAAUAUUGGAGGAAAAAAAGAUGUAUGAAUGCACUUUUUCACAUAGGGAAUGUUUCACACGGACCCAUAGUUAUUUAUGUUGUCGGGAACUGCGGGGGUUUCAUAAGAGAAUUGAUUGUGAUUAAUGUUAAGCAUCGCUGCAAUUGCCUAUCUUUAAUCACUUAAUCUUAUUGAUUUAUACACCCCUCUUCUGUGGGAUGUGACCAUUAUUACAAUGUCUGUCAUUGUAUGUGCUGCACGCAACUAUGAAUUUACGUGCAACAGUCUCAUUCUAUGUGAAACACCCCCCUUCCCCCUCCCUUGACUAAUGUAAGUAUUCCAAUCAAUGGUUUAAUUUUUAAUAGAAGUGCAAGUUUUAUCAAAGGCCCAAGAGGAUUUUGAUUUCAAUAGCCCAUUGUAACUGUAAAAGUGCACAUGAUAUCACAAAAGGAUAGAAAGAUUGCUUUCUUAUUUCAAUGUUAGUCCUUGUGAUGAACCUCACAUCUCUGCUUAUAUCUCAAAAUUUCAUGAAUUUGAGAGCAGCCCAGAAAAACACGAUUUUUUUGUUAUGACGUGAAUAGGAGCCUGCCCUUUUCUAGAAAGAGUUCUCUCCAGGAAUUAGGAGACUGUUUUCAGACAAAAUAAGCUUGCCACCACUGCCAUUUUUCUAAAAUAAAGCUGAGCUGCCCUCGAAAUGGGUGACCAGGGUUGGACUCAAUUACUUUUGUCAAUUACAAUUACUUUCUAGAAAAGUCAGAAAUGAAAUCAAUUUGUAUUCUGUACAUAGUACCACCUAUUUCAUCAUAAUUCUAAGUUACAGAGAUACUGACAAGAUGAAGGGUAAGGUUAAAAAGCACGGAUUGUGCCUGUUACUCUCUUUGAUGCUGAAGCAUUUGACGUGAAAAAGGUCAUUAAAUUGAAUCAUAAAUUCAGUAAAUUAUUGUAAAGUAAUUGCAUGUUAUUGACAGUAAUUGAAGACCAUUGCAUUUUUUUCAAUUACAAUUACAAUUACUUUCCCUUUCAAAACUUCAAUUACAAUUACUAAAAAAAAAUGUAAUUUAUUACUUAAUUGGUCAAUUACCUUGUACUUGAGCCCAACCCUGUGGCUGACAAUACAUUUGCUCCGGUCUUGAUAUUUCAGAGGGCAUGGGGUUUGAGUUAGGAUUGAAAUAAAGCUUUUGGUUCAGAGUGAUAUAAAGAUAAGGAUUAGGGUUUAUUGAGUUUUGGAGGUUAGGUUUUGUGUUUGUUUUAACGUGCAGAUUUUCCAUCGGAAAAAUUGCUGCCGGAGCAAUUGUCAUGGAACCUCAAAAUGUACACGUUUUGAGAUUGAGGUUUUUACGCCCCAGUGGCGAUAUAUUGGCUGUCAAAAUAGUCUGGAUGUAUAACCUCCAACUUGCACUUAUUUAGAAGUUAGUUAACUAUCUGAAUUUCUGAUUUGACCACAUGCAUUCACUGACAAAUUAUAUCAUUUCAAAUAAUGCGUUUUAUGAUAAUAUUGCAGUAAAAAGCAGUCAUUUCCCCCUUGAUUUUUUUGUAAAUGUUUCCUUUCAAUUGCUUAGUGCAUCUUUUGAAGACCGAUUAAGAGGUAGUAAUGUGACUUUUUACAAUAUACUGUGUAUUUUUGUAUUAAUCAAAUGUAUUGAUAAAUAUAUUCUUUUUUUAUAGUGCUUGAUACAUCAUGGCAAUGUCUCUAAGAUGUUAUAUUGGGUGCUUUCCUCAAGAGCAGAGUAUUAAACAUAUUGCAAAGUGCCUGUAAAAUAACAAAUUGUUGAUAUUUGAUGAUGAAUUGGAAUAGCAGUUAUAGACAUAGAUUCAGUGCAAAUGAAAUAUUUACUGUUGAGCUUCGUAAUAUUGAGUGAUCUAUUUUCUAGUUGAACCCGGAAACUGUAUUUAAAGUCCGGGAACAAAAUAAAUUGGUGUAUCGGGAAUUAUUUCAACGAAAGCACACAAUUCAUACACUGAUGCUUUUUAUGUCUAGUGAUGUAUAGUUUAUUUGAUAAUUGAAUAAAUAUAUUUGUAUUUAA